AUGGUUGUUCUCGGUGAACUUGAACAGGGAUCUUCAUUAUCAACUCCUCAUGAUAGACGAUAUGAUGUGUUUCUGAGUUUUAGAGGUGUUGACACUCGUUAUAGUUUCGUCGAUCACCUCUACAACGCCCUUCUGGACGCCAACAUAACGACUUUUUUAGAUGAUGAUGAUGAUGAUGAGAUUGAAACUGGAGAAGAUCUGAAACCAGCAUUGGAGAGUGCGAUAGAGUCAUCGAGGGCUUCAAUAAUUGUCUUGUCCAAGAAUUACGCUACUUCUACAUGGUGUCUUGAUGAGCUGGCAUCGAUUCUGGAGCAACGUAGGACCUCAGAUCAUAUUGUUAUUCCAAUAUUCUAUCAUGUGAAGCCUGCUGAUGUGAGGAAGCAACAAGGUAGUUUCGGAGAUGCGAUGAGACAGCAUAAACACAAGAUGGAGGAGGAAAAAAAUGCAGAGAGAAAAAGUCAAUGGGCUAAGAAAAUAAAGAAGUGGGAAAAAGCACUUGCACAAGUUGCUGAUUUAACAGGGAUAGACGUUAAAGCCAGGAAGGAGACAGAGAUUAUCGAAAAAGUUAUAACCAACAUCCACCGAAGACUUGGUGCACCCUUAAGUAAUACUCUGCCACACCUCAUCGGGAUGAAAGAUCACAUUUACUUAAUUACAUCAUGGUUGACAGAUGGUUUGAGCAGUCAUACUGCCAAAAUUCUCACAGUUUUAGGGAUGGGUGGAAUUGGGAAGACAUCUUUGGCCAAGUAUGUCUUCCAUUUACACUCUCAUACAUUUGACAAGAGCAGCUUUAUUGAAGGUAUUAACAGAAGAUGUACGGAACAAUUCAAUGGAUUGCUUGAUGUACAAAAGCAACUUUACGGUGACAUUUCAAAAACAAGGUCAGUUCAAGUUCAUGAUGUUUCUGUAUACACCUCUAAGAUUGGGAAUGCACUCGCCCGUAAAAAGGUUCUUUUAGUUAUGGAUGAUAUUAAUAGCAUUGACCAGCUAGAUGCAUUACUUGGAAACAAAGACUUUCACCCGGGAAGCAAAAUAAUAAUAACAACCAGGGACGAAUCUUUGACAGAGAGGUGUAAACUAUUCAAAUCAAACGUUAAACCUAAUCAUAUUAAGUACUUUCUUAAAGGCUUAGAUGAAACUGCAUCACUAAAACUUCUGUGUGCUCAUGCAUUCAUGUGCAACUAUCCAAAGAUAGGAUAUGAAAAGGUCUCAAGAAAGAUUGUGAAAUACUGUGAUGGACAUCCGUUGGCUCUUGAAGUUUUGGGCAAGUCUCUACAUAAUCGAGAGGUGGGUUAUUGGGAAGACUGCAUUGAAGGAAUAAAGAAAGAACCUCAUUCGCAUAUUGAAAAGGCCUUGCAAAUGAGCUUUGACUCUUUAACAUCAAAAAAUGAUAAGGAAUUAUUUAAGCAUAUUGCUUGUUUUUUUGUUGGAAAAGAUCGAGAUCUCUGCGAAACAAUAUUACAAGCAUGUGAUUUUAACACAAUAUCCGGGAUCACGAAUCUUGUUGAAAAAUGCCUUCUUAGUAUUGGACGGAAUAACACAUUGACGAUGCAUCAAUUGCUUCAAGAGAUGGGAAGAGAUGUAGUACGUCAAGAAUCACCUGACAAGCCAUGGAAGCGUAGUCGAUUAUGGUGUAACGAGGAGUCAAUUAAAGUGUUAAAGAGGAAAAAGAAUAUGGAAAAUAUUCUAGGCCUCACCUUUGAUAUGAGAAUGCUUGAGAAAGAGAAGUUACGUUGUUCAUUUGAGCUGAAAACAGAUGUGUUGAGUAAGAUGGAUAACCUAAUGCUGCUACAACUCAAUUAUGUGCAAAUGUAUGGGUUUUAUGGCCAUUUUCCUGAAGAAAUAAGAUGGCUGUGUAUGCAUGGGUUCCCCCUAAAGUCUAUACCAUUAGAGCUGCCGAUGGAGAAUUUUGUUGUGCUCGACAUGUCAUAUAGCAAUAUAGAAUCAUUCGGCUUGUUUUAUGAUAACCUACAACAACAUGAGAGUAGACAAAAGUGGAAUGGAUCAUGCUUAAAAGAUAGAAGAUUACUUGGAUCGUUGAAAAUACUUAACUUGAGUUUCUGUGAACAGCUUCGUGGUGUCAGUAGCUUUUUUGAACUGCCUGCACUUGAGAGAUUGAUCGUUAGAAAUUGCAUAAAAUUGAUGGAGAUUAGUGAAACAAUUGAACAAUGUGUUGAACUUGUUUUCAUUGAUAUGAGCUACUGCCACAAUCUUGAAAAGCUUCCAACAUCUCUAGGAAAGCUAAAGAAGGUUAAGACACUAUUGCUAGAUGGUUGUAAUUUCCAGGAAUCUCGAAUUGAGGUUAUGGAUAAGGAUUCACCAGGAAUGCUCAAUGAAAAAGACAUGGACACACGCUUAAAAACCUCUUCCUCUGCUCUGGUGGAGUCUAUACCCAGAGAUUUGAAGUCCUGUGUGAUUUCUUUACCAUGCUCGUUGGUAAGAUUGUCGCUUAAAGGUAGUAAGUUGUCCAGUGAAUUCUUUCCCAGAGACUUCAGUAGCUUAUUAAUGUUGAAAAUUUUACAUUUAGACGAUAAUCCAAUUGUUUCAAUGCCAACAUGCGUGGGAAGCCUUCCUAGGCUUGAGACACUUACUAUGUAUGAUUGUAAACUGCUAACAACAAUUGAACAUCCUCCAUGCACACUAAGAGUUUUGUCACACAAUUCUUAUAGCAAUUCCCACCAUGGUUCUAAGAUUUUCCUACGGAAAAUUUUAUUCAAGCCAGAAAUGUCUCAACUUCAAUUAUUACUGGAUUUGGAACUUACAGCAGCUUCGUCGACUGAAGUUGGAGGCAUUAUAAAAAUCCAACAUAUAGCAGAUGUUGAGGAAAAUGUGUUAUGUAAUUUGGGAUGGAAUAAUUUAGAACUCGGUCAGAAAAGGUACGUGGGAGUAUAUGAAUUAUCGAGCGGAUCAGAAGGAUCUCAAAGCCAAAGCAAGAUGUAUUAUGAGUUUGGGAUAUUUAGCACUUUUUUCUGGGGAGAAGUGAUACCACAUUGGAUAACUCGUCGUGUAACAAGGACUGCAAUUUCAUUUUCCAUCCCAUCAUCUUCUAACGAGCUCAGAGGCUUGAAUUUCUGUUAUGUGCAAACAUCAAAAUCUUCAAUUGGAGCAUUUCAACUGCCUGGUAACAUGUUGUUUUAUUUGCCACUGAUCAAAAAUGAGAUGGAAGGUGGUGACCAGGUUACUAUUACUGUAACAGAGGACUAUGGACAAGUUACAAGGGUGUGUGGAGUGAGUUUUAUGUAUGAUGAUGGAAGCAUCAAAGAACAAGAUGCCUUAGGUUAUUACAAGUCAUGGAAUCACAUCAUUGGUGGAGAUCUCUCUGCUUUUCAAAAACAUAUGUCCCAUUUAGAGCUUUCUCCUCGAAAAAAAGGUGACAUACUUGGUCGAACUCCUAAAUAA